UGUGUAUCAACUGACUUCUUUGCCAUCCAAGGAUGAGAGGUGGCAGCUUGGAUCUGUUUUAUUCUCUGGUGUGUGUUGUCCUUACAGGGGCCUGUUGACAACCCUGUUCUUCAGCAUAACUGUGUGGGGGAGAGGUCCACACUAGUCCUGAGAGUUGACAGCAAGAUAACAAAGGAUCAGUCAAAGCACAGAAUCAGUGGUCUCCUAGCAACAGAGCUGUUAGUAGGACAAAGCUAGGCUAUCUCAGGCUCCUGCUGCUCCCCCCUUCAAUACAGUAUCUGUAACUAUGGUGGCCGGAAGGAUAUAGGCACCAAGGGAAGAUGGUGGGUGGACCCCGCCCCGGAAUCAGGAUUAACAUGGAAGAAGAAACUGACAGUCUGCUGGAAAAGGCCUCUGAGAAAGCAAGAGAAAGAGAAACAUCUUUGGGACGAAGAGAUACAUGGUGGAGCCUCUCACUUAGACCAACACCUACGCCAGGGACUUAUGUAGUACGGGAUUUUAUUGAAGACUCACAGCUCAACCCAGUGAAACCAACAUAUAAUUUUAAAGGAGAAGGCAGAAAGCGAGUUUCCAUCUUCCAGCCAACAGCUGAUCUUACACUACCAGAUGUUUAUACUUACACUCCGCCCAGCUUUGUAGAACUGGCAGACAAAAAGCCAGCUACAUAUUCAUUUAAAAACACAGCAAGGAAAAGUCCCAGCACUUUAUGCUUUAAAGACAAGGAUAUUGACACUGCACCAGGGCAAUAUGAUCUUUUCCCUCUUCCAGUGCCCACGUUUGCAUCCAAGCAGUUUAUGUUUCGUUCUGCAGUUCAAAGAUUCCCAACAAUUUACUUCACUCCUAAAGAAGGGCCAGGACCAGGUGACUAUGAAAUGAAGGGGAAACCACCUCAUCCUGUAUCUUCGUGUUUCCAGUCCAAAAUACCUAGGUUGCAGCCAAUCCGUUCAAAAAUACCUGGUCCAGGAACUUAUGAGCCUACAAGACAAUUUCCAAAGCAACCACGAACUAUUGCAAGCCUGGGUCAUGAGCACAGCAUCUUCUUUAGCAAUACAUUUGGGUUUUAGAAUAAAGUGGCUGUGUACCUGCUUCUGAAAGAAAGCAACUUUCUCUUCCUCCACCCCUAGAAACGCAUUCUUCCCCCCAAUAUAUUUGUCCAUGAUACUUAUCAUAAAAAACUCAGCAUUUGCCAACAGUUCCAAUACUGUGGGACCUGUGAUAAUACAAGAAAUAAAUGUGCUAAGUAUAGACCAAG